AUGGAACCACCAAAGAAACAAAUCAAGCUAGGGAGUAGUAGCUCCAAUGCAAGAGCAGCAAUACCAACUUCACCACAUUCCAUUGAUGCAAUCAAGAACAUGUGGAGAGUCCAAGAAGGAGAAGAUGAUUGGGCACUUGUAACCUUUGUUGGAGAACAAAUCCAAGACCCAAGAAAGUGUAAGAAGGCAAUGGAGAAGGUGAACAUCGAACCAUGUGUGAAGAUGGACACCCAAACCCUUGAUCUUCUCAAGAUAAGAGAUGAUGUCACAUGGUACAUAAGGAAGCUAGGCUUGAGCAAGCUCUUCAAGCUAGAGUGUAGCGAUGCCAAUGGGCGCAUCUCCAUCUCAGCUCUAUGCCAACUCUUUGGACUUCCCAAUGAGACAGCACAUGACUUCAAGGAGAACUCAAAGAGGAAACAAGCUGCCUUUGCUGAUUGGACACACUUUGCCAAUGAACCAUUCUUGCCUUCAAGGUCAAAGGUGUCUAGAAUCACUCAUCCAGCCAUUCGCUAUGUGCACCGCCUCAUCUCCACCACUUUCCAAUGCAAACAAGAAGCCAACAAGGUCACAACUGAUGAGUUCUACAUCCUCACCACACCAUUCAUCAAGCAUGAGUACAAGGCCAACCUUGGACUUUUACUUGCCAAGACAUUCAUCAAUGUGAGGAAGCUAGCUAAAGACUUGGAAGGCAACAAGAAGCUUUGUGUUCGUUUUGGGAGGCUUAUCACGGCCAUAGUGCAUGUGGGGAUUGACAUUCCCAACUAUGAGCCACUACCCAAGCCAACCCCUUUGGAUCUCCAUGCUCUUCAGCACAUCCACUUCCUAAACCGUUGGACUAAAGACCCAACUCGGUUUUGCUAUGAGUUUCCAAUUGGUCCAGCCAACACUUCCCUUGUCUUGCUGCCACAUGAAGACAUCCCAAGCCUACGCUCAGGAGUUGUCACUUUCCAGCCCAAUGAGGAAGACUUCUAUGUUCCAUCAAGUGAGAAACCAUCAUUCCCCAUGCUCACCUAUCGCACACUUCAGCAUGCAGUCAAGACUCAACGCCGCCACCAAGAACGCCAUGUUCUCACUACUGGCAUGGCCGCGCACCAAGCUCUAGACCGUGUUAACAAGCUGGAGAAGAUAGUGGAAUGCCAAUCUCGCUUCAUCUCACGCCUAGUCCGUGUAGUUCGCCACAUUGCACCGGAGAGACUCUUUCGCCCUUCUUCCACCGCUAGAGAGCCAUAUGAGCCUGACCUUGGUGAGUUCUCACUAGACUCAGAGCUUGGUUCAGAAGGCGAUGACCCCAUAGAUGAGGAAGAGAGUUCUUCUCACUGCCACACAUAG